AACAGAAUGCUCCAUCAACAAUAAGUUAACGAAAACGCAUGUUGAAUUGUGAUGGAGGCUUCUACUUCUGCAGAUUCAGGUUUAAAUUCAAAUUUAGACGAUGAGACAACGCCAGAGCAUAAAGAACCAACAAAUGAUGCAGUAGAUGACCUUUUGCCAAUUCUCAAGAAGUAUGUAGGGGUAUUUUUCAUGCUGUUUUCAAUUUGGGUGUUGGGAUGUUAUGGCUUCAGCAGCAGUUGGGUGUUUAUGAUAACGAUUGUACUGAUGCUUCGCGAGAAAGCAACAAAAAGAAAAGAAGUAAAACUUUUGGUAGCCAGGCAGGCAGUUACGAGUGAAAGACAAGUAAUUGAAGCUGCAGUUCAAGAACUACCAUCGUGGGUUUACUUUCCUGAUACUGAAAGAGCUGAAUGGUUAAACAAGAUUGUGAAGCAGCUUUGGCCAUUUAUUGAGGGCUAUGUGAAGGACAUGAUGAAGGAGACCGUGGAGCCCUCGGUGCAAGAGGCCCUCCCAUCUUACCUCAAGUCAUUUCGAUUUGAAAAAAUUAGGCUUGGCCAUUAUCCCCCUAGAAUUGGUGGAGUAAAAGUCUACACAGAUAAAGUGGCCAGGGAUGAGAUUGUUAUGGACUUGGAACUUUUUUAUGCUGGAGACUGCGACAUUGAAAUCAGUUUUAAAACCCUCAAAAGAAUUAAAGCUGGGAUCCAGGAUAUUCAACUUCAUGGAACUCUGCGUGUGGAGAUUAAACCACUGGUAAAUAUCAUGCCUCUGAUUGGUGGAAUGUCCUUCUUUUUCCUGAAUAAACCAGCUACAGAUUUCAAUUUGACAAACUUAGCCGAUGUACUGGACAUCCCUGGAAUUAGUGGAAUCCUUCGCAAUAUCAUAGAGGAUCAGAUUGCACAUUUUCUGGUGCUACCGAAUCGUAUACCAGUCAGUUUGAUGGAAGAUGUAGACCUGACUAGUCUUAAGUACCCAAUGCCGGAGGGUGUUUUGCGUAUCAACAUUGUAGAGGCACGUGAUUUGAUGAAGAUGGAUUUUGGGUUGUUCAAGAAAGGCAAAUCUGACCCCUAUGUUGUAGUGGAAGUUGGAGCUCAAAAGUUUAAGACGAAAGUUAUAAACAACACAUGCGACCCAAUUUGGAACAAAUACUUUGAGACUAUAGUUGAUGUGGUCGAUGGACAGUUUCUAAACCUUGAUCUCUUCGAUCAUGACCCACACAGUGCAGAUGACCCUCUUGGAAACUUGAGUCUGGAUAUUGAUCAUAUUUCACAAGCUGGAAGCCUUGAUUCGUGGUUACCAUUAGAAGAUGCAUCAACUGGCCAGCUACAUAUUAACUUGACGUGGCUGAGGCUUAGCCACACAAUGAACGACUUGAAUAUUACGACCAAGAAGUCUGCAAGCUUGCCAAGUCCUUUUUGCAUCCUAUCUCUUGGCCAUGUGGAUCAUAAAAGUCGUCCGAUUUUGGAUAACAGCAGUCCUGUAUGGGAGGAGGUGUUUCAUUUCCUAGUGCAAGACCCAAAUGUACAAUCCCUUGAUGUAACAGUCAAAGACCACAAGAAAGACAAGUCCCUAGGAGUGUUAAAUGUUCCCUUGCGACGGGUACUCUCGCAGUCUGAUUUCAUCCUAGAGCAGCCUUUCACCUUGGACCAUUCGGGUCCCCAGAGCCGACUAUUCCUCCGCCUCUGCGUAAGGGCUCUUGAAGCAGCUCCAUUGAAAGGCAGAUCCAGCGUUUCAGACCCCAAGGGAUUUAUGAUUGUGAGACAACGAGGAAGCGCGAGUGAGACCGUAGACAACCAAUCAGAUGACAGAACUUUAGAUGAUGUUGACGCGGUUGAUGAACCAGUAUUCAAUGAAAAUCACACAGGUUCAGACGACCUCAUUGUGACCGAUGACAAUGCAAAUCCUGAAUUACGAAAACGUAACGUUGAGUCUACCAAAGUUCCCCAUAUAUUGUACCCAUAUGGCCGCAUUCAGUUGAGUAUAAGCUACAGUCAUACAAGGUCAAAGUUAAUGGUUAUUGUGCAGAAGGCUACGCAGCUUAUUGGUGUUGGUUCAGACCAUACAUCAAAUUCAUACGUUCGCUUAUAUUUAAUGCCUGACAAGAAUAACCGGCAGAAGACUAAGGUUGUCAAGAAAACUAGAAAUCCUGUUUUUAAUGAACGGUUUGAGUUCAGCUGCAGUACAAGCAGCCUUACAGAGUCAUACCUGGACAUCUGUGUUAAAAACAAUGCUUCGUUCCUCUCAACCAAUAAAAUGUCCCUCGGCAAGGUGGAGAUACCUCUAAGUACAUUGGACUUUAGCACAGUUACCACUGACUGGUUUGCCUUGGAGAAAAAAGAUGAUGAUUCGGUGUCUCGCAUUUCAGGAUCCUGAUUAUGUUUUUUAUUCGCAACCAUCGUGGUGCUCAGUCAGUGUUUAUUAGUAGUCAGCAAUAUGGAAGUGAGCCUAUUUUCAUCAGAAAUUCCAUAUCUUGAUGGAAGAAAGUAAUUUCAAAGUAACAUUUCUGUGACAUGCAAAGUCAAAGUGUCAUGUAUGCCUUUGAUUUAAAAGCCAUGACAUUAAAAAGGUCAUUAACUUAUUUAUUUUAUGUUAUGGAAAUUUAAUCAAUUCUAUUUUUACCAAAAAGUGUAUAAAUAUAAUUAAUUACAUUUUCUAGUCACUUCAGAUGGUAUGGAAAAUGGGACAUUUUAUUUUACUUACUGUGAAGGAACACUGCAUUUUUAUUAACAACUUUUCAUGAAUUACUUGCAAUGAUUCCAUCACCUUGUCAAUAAGUGCAGUGGUAUAUCUAGGGAGUGCGUGGGGGUGCCGUCCCCCCUCCCGAAAAAAUUACUCAACCCCCCCCCUAAAAAAAAUCACAGUCAAUUAGUUAAAAGUCGCCUAAAGUCACCUUAUUUUACGAAUUAGUGCCCCUCAACUGAUCAUCGAGGCCCCUCACCUCACCUUCGCGCCCCUCCCCCAUCAGCACCCCCCAUUUCAGGACUUCUAGAUACGCCACUGGCAGUGUGUAUAGGGAAUGUGUAUGCAGUGGCAUAUCUGAUGGUAUUUAACAAGGGUGCUUGAGAGAUGAGAAAGUCAGGGAGGCAGCUGAAGAACAAGGUAUCAGGUGAUUUUGAACCAGUGUAAGUUUUGACAAAUUUCCAGUGCCUGGAAAGCAACCUUUUACCUAGUGGUACCUUUCACCAAAGCAUCCCUUUCCACAUGUACCUCCCCCUUGGGCCCCCUUAAACAUGCUAUGGUGUGUCUGUAGGGAUGAGUGAAGAGUGUGUAAAGGCAUGUGUAGGGGUAUGUUUAUGGGUAGGUGUUUCAAAAGGUGUGCGAGUAAAUGUGUACUUGAGUGAUGUGUGCAAAAGGUUGUGGUUGCAUGUAUGUUGGUAU